CGGGCGUCUGUGGAGGAAGAGCAGGACUGAGCUGGCAUUUUCCUGUGGGGAGAUGAGAGAGGCUGGUCAACCCUGAGAUCCCUCUACCCACCCUGAAGCAUAGUGCUCUCCAGUUGCCCAAGAGGACUUUCAAAGAGAUACCUUUUGGCCUUCAGGCGGAGAGUGGAUGCACAGAGGAAGAACAAGCGACUUGAAAGCUCACCUCACUGGCACGUGACAUAGCCUGUGUUCAUUUAGGAAGAUCAAACAUGGCAUACAACAGAUGGGUUUCCGUCUAUCAGUCAGGACAAUGGAUGUGGCCAACAAGUCUACAGUUUCUGAAUUUGUUCUGCUAGGACUCUCUAAUUCCUGGAAACUACAGAUGUUUUUCUUCAUGGUGUUUUCACUGUUUUAUGUGGCAACAAUGGUGAGUAAUAGCCUCAUAGUCAUUGAUAUGUCUCUUGCUUCCUUUGCAAUCCCUAAGAUGAUUACAGACUACCUCACUGGACACAAAACCAUCUCCUUUGAUGGCUGCAUCACCCAGAUAUUUUUUCUACACCUUUUUACUGGCACUGAGAUUAUUUUUCUUAUGGCUAUGUCUUCUGAUAGGUAUAUUGCAAUAUGCAAGCCUCUCCACUAUGCUUCAAUCAUAAGUCCUCAGAUGUGUGUUGCCCUUGUGGUGUUUUCCUGGGUUGUAGGGGUUACCCAUUCAAUGAGCCAGGUUAUGUUUGCCCUCACAUUACCAUUCUGUGGUCCCAAUGAGGUAGAUAGCUUUUUCUGUGACCUUCCUGUGGUGUUCCAGCUGGCAUGUGUGGAUACUUAUGUCCUGGGCCUCUUUAUGAUCUCAACAAGUGGCAUAAUUAAUUGCCUUGUCCUGCUUUAUUCUUUUAUUCCAUUCUAUGUCAUUGUCCUGGUUACUAUCAGAAAUCGUUCUUCAAAAGAAUCAUCUAAGGUCCUUUCUACCUGCACAGCUCAUUUUAUUGUUGUCUUCAUGUUCUUUGGGCCCUUCAUCUUCAUCUAUAUGUGGUCACUAACCAGUUUUCUGGUAGACAAGAUCCUGUCUGUGUUUUAUACUAUCUUUACUCCCAUUCUGAACCCAGUAAUCUAUACUUUGAGAAAUCAGGAAGUGAAGACAGCCAUGAGAAAACUGAAAAAUAAGCUUCUAAAUUCUAACAAGGCAACUCUAUUGCACUAUUUUUAG